AUGUUUCAUUCGCCGGAGGAGGGCGCCUCUUCGGAACCUAAGGUUGUGAAGAAACCAUUGGUCAGGGGACCGAUCAUGUCUUUCUUGGAAGAGCAUGGUUCCCGCUUUGACCAUGCUGCGCCAACCCCACAGGAUGCUGAACCUUUUCCUGGCCCACAAGGCUCACCGUCCCCUGCAGUGUGCAAGGUUGGGAAGAGCCUUGGUCGGUCAGGCUGGGGCUCUCUUCUCAACCUGAGUGCAUAUAAAGCCCUGCAUCCGGACUGGCACCAUGAGCCUGACCUAUUGCGCCUCGCCGAAGGGCUUGAGGAGCAGAGCCAGGAGGGCACCCUUGAAUACUGGACUCUUUUCAGGUCCCUGGAGGCCACCGAGGCCCGUGAUAAUAGCCUUGAAACCUGGGCUCGCAUCGCCAGAGCUUCGGAGGACCUGGUGCACUCCACUUCCAGAGGCCGGGCCCGUACCUUUACUUUCGUUUCGGCCAAUGUGACCUCCUGGAGACCAGAGCUCAGGCAGUGGUUGGUUUCACUGCAGUGUGACGUAGCCCUGAUUCAGGAGCACCACCUCUCUGAAAAGGCCUUUCAUGCUGAAUCGGUUGCCCUAGCUAAGGCAGGCUAUCAUUUGCAUGGCCAGCAUUCUCCCGCCCGUAAGCGCGAAAUUGGAGGUGUGAUGGUCUGUGUCAAGGCUCAUUUGCAAGCCAGGCACGUUCAUACCUUUCAAGAUCCUGAAACGGGCUGUGGCUUUGUUGCGAUUGCUGUCCGGGUGACCGGCUUCGACUUAGCCCUCAUCUCUUUGUAUCUCGAGUCAGGUAGUUCCUUCGAAGGCCGGACCAACACAGUGGUCCUUUCCCAUCUGUAUGGCGUGCUGGCCUCGCUCAAAUGCCCCUGGUGUGUGGUGGGGGACUGGAACAUAGAUUCCUGUGAGGUCCUCGCCACCAGGGUUGAGGACCUCACCAGGGGCCGGCUCCUUGGAACAGGAAUGCCUACGGCUGGCACCGCAGCAGAGCUAGAUUAUGCACUGGUCCACCCGCGACUAGCCUCACAUGCCUCGCUUGAGCUUGUUUGGGAUGUCCCUUUCAAACCGCACGCCGCUCUGAUGUGUACCCUUCCCCUCAAGCCGCUGCAGGACCUGCAACCAAACCUGAGGACCCUGGCUGACUCCUUUGACCCCAUCACAGAUGACCAGCGCCUUUUGACACCGACGGUUGUCUCCCCGCAGCAGGUCGUUUUGCUUGAGAUUGAAGCAAGUGACCCCGUGUCUCUUGCGUUUGCGGAGUUCUCUGCCACAGCUGAGGCGUCUGGUCUGUUGGGAAAGAAUACAGGCAGGGGGGUUCACCUGCCCACGGUCCGCCAGCCGGCAGUGUCACAGCCAGCCCAGGAUUACCAGUGGUUUGGGCAAGAACACGCGGUCUGGACUCAGCUUGCGACUAGGUUCAAGGCCGGGGGUCCUAGCCAGGUAGUCUUGCUGCUGCUUUCCAAUCUUGCUCCCGAGCAUAAGCAGUGGGUAACGGAAGUUGAGGCUGCCGUUUCUAACCAACGUGAUCUCACGAUCUUUGUCUCGCGAGCUGAGACGCAAGCCAAAGCUGCCAUGCAAGCCCAGCAAAAGGAACAGGCCAAUUCUUAUCAAGCUUGGCUGUCGGGGGCUCUGUCGGCAGGUAUGGGGCCAGUGUACCGAGCUCUUAAAAGCCAUGAACAAACUCUUGCUCGGCCCUUUAGAGAUCAGUCAGCUCUGGCCCGAGCCUAUUGUCGCAUGGAAUUCUGGAGCCACAUUUGGGAUGCGACAAUUGUUCCCCCUCAAGUCCAAUUUUCUGCAGAGCGCCUCGCCUUGAGGGCUGAGGCCUCGCAGCAGGCACAGGACCUUCCAUCAUUGGCUUGGGAACAGGUCAAGAAAGUGUGCUUGGCCACAGGUAAUAAGAAAGGCGGCCUCGACGGUUGGUCGUACCGGGCUUUGCGAAAUCUCCCUGACUUCUGCUAUAAGCAGCUUGCCGAGCUUUUCUCCCGGGUUGAGGCGGACCUCACCUUGCCGCUUCAAAUGCUAACGGUCCAAGUAGCCCUCCUGGCAAAAACCCCUGAGAAAGAGCGCCCCAUUUCGCUCACUUCGGUACUUUGGAGAGUUUACAGCAAACUGAGGCGCCCACUUCUGGAGAGCUGGCUGAAGUCGUAUGCUGCUUGUGCUCCUUUCGACUCUGCUACACCAGGGCACACCUCACUUGACCCAGCAUUAUCCCGUUUGAUAAAAGCUGAAGACCACAAAUUUCGCAAAAUCACCUUCAUCACCUUAUUUGUUGAUCUUGAAGGCUUUUAUGAUGGUAUUGAUUUUUCCCGCCUGAUCGCCCAGGGAAAAGCUUUGGCAUUUCCACCUAUGCUUUUGGAAUUAUGUCUUCAGUUAUAUCAUGGGCCACGUUGUCUCCACGGAGAAGGCGUCAGCACGGUAGCUCUGUGGCCCAAAAAGGGCAUUUUGCAGGGGUGCCCGUACGCGCCCACGGUUGCCAAACUCACCACUCAUGCCCCGUUGCAGGGCAUUUCUCAGCAGCCGGGUGUUAGUCACGCUGAUCUGUGGCUAGACGACAUCAGUGUUGAUGUGUCACAUGCUGAUCCGGAGGUCGCAGCCUCCCUUGCUCUCUCAGCUUCCAGGAAGCUGGAACAGCUUUUGUCAGUUGAAAAGCUUCGCAUCAACAAAGUCAAGACAAAGUUUGUAUGCAACAACGCUCAGGCGACGAAAGCCUUGAACAGCCUGCGCGGUGAUGCCGAUCCCCAGGUUGCGGACUUGGUCCGCGAUCUGGGAGUUGAUUCAGCAGGCGCCAAACGCCGACGACUAACACAAGCCUUGAAACGUUUUAAGGUUGGCCGCGCACGCAACCAAAAACUUCACCGACUCCGUACUGGGGGUAAAGCGCACAGGCUGUACGCCACCUCCAUCCUCAAGGCCGAGACCUAUGGAUGUCAGGGACAGGGGAUUUCCCCCAAGCGGCUUAAGGUUAUCCGUUCUUCCAUCUCUAGGCACGUCGGACGGUCCAAAUGGGGUUCGGUAGAUGUGUCACUCGACUGUAUGUCUUUCCAGUGCCAGGACCCCCUGCUUACAGUUGUUCUAGCGCAGGCUGACGCCCUGUUUCGUAUGUUUGGCCCCUCCACGGCGCAGGGCUGGGUGAUCCUAGGACGCACAUGGAAGGUGGCUUGGGCGCGACAGGAAGCGGCCGUGCAUGGCUGGAAGUGUGUUGCCGGGCCGGUCGCCGCCAUGGUUCAAUACUGCAUUGACUUGCGCAUUAAUGUCAGUGAUCCUCUGCGCUGGGUUCAUAGCAGCGGGGUUCUUCUGCUUGAUGUCGCUAAUCCUGCCCUUUUCUUGUCAGUUCGUCGCUUCCUCACUCAGGUCGUCGCACUUGAAAGAACGCUCCGGUUUGGUGCGGUACCCACGGCUCACGGGGCCCAGCAGGGCGUCGACUGGUCAGUCCACCGGAAACUUUUGAAGGCUUCAAAGCCCUCGUCCCCACGAUGGGCUUUUCAUGCAGUUUGGCAAGGACGCACCCUGCACUCGGGUAAUGGCGGCCUAACGCACUGCUCCUGUGGCGCUGAAAAUUCUCUCCAUCAUGUUUACUACGAGUGCCCUCUUGCGCCUGCUAAACUUAGCCCGAACCUCCGGGGCUUCCAGCGCCGCCAUGAGGAGCCGUGUUUUUGGCUAAGGGGUAUGGUUCCCCGAGCUUGGACCACGCCGCAGCUGUCUAGCGCAGCGCUCGAAACUCGAGUCACGGGGCUCUUCUGCCAUCCACCGGUAAAUGCCGAGGGGUUGUUUGUGUCCACCGAUGCCAGCGGAGGACCCAAUACAAGGGACAGUCGCUUGAGAUGCGUGGGCUGGGCAGCCUACGCGAUCAUUCAAGCACUCAAAGCAACCACAGGCAGCUUCGACCUCACGAGUGACUGUCAACCUGCGAUCCGGGCGCUGCAGGCCCGCAAGCUCACCGUCCAGCAUGAUCCGGACUGGGGGCUUGUUUGGCAGGAUCGCUCUCGAGCCCAGCCGACCUGGGUACGGAGCCACUGCACUCCCGAAGCCUUCGAGAAGGAGUUCCCUUCUCAGCAGCGGCGACGAGUACUCAACGAAAAGGCUGACUCCCUGGCGGGUCGUAGGGCUGCAGAGGCCGUUUCGCCUCACUUUGUGCGCAAGGUGAAGGAGUUGGACCGGGUUGCGCGCGAGCUAAACCAGUUUCUCGCCUCUAGGGCUGAGAAACUGAUUAAGGACAAGACGCAAGGUUUUGUUCCCAGAGCCGCCAGAGACUCCCAGAGCCAGUUUGAGAAAUCUAAGGCAAGGGCGACAACUGUUUCGACCACCCAGAACAGUUCUUUACCUAACAAAAAACAGCGCCUGAAGCAGUUGCUGGACUCCCCUGAUCCAGCACUUGGUCAUGAUUGGAAAGCCCGCGAGACUAAGGCCGCCAACAACUUCUCGGUUGGUGGAGUCUCCACCCGAUCCAUUGCCAGUGCUUUUCAAUCUGCCAGCACCUUCGGUGCCGGCCCUAUGCCAGAGCGUGUUUCUGCAGUUCCUAAGCUUGGCCUUUUGAGCGCUGCCCAGGUCAACCCUCCAGCUGGGCCCGUCGCCUCCUCUGCAGCGGCUGCCCCAAGGUUGCCGGAGUGCCAAGGCGAGGUCACUCAGUCCACAGGAGUGCAAGGAGCAGUUGGUCAGUCCGUUUCUGUAGGUUUGCGAUCUCAGUUAGGCAUGCCAGCAGCUGUUCCGCCAGUGAAGCCCAAGGCCCAAGGCCUGCUAAGCAUGGCGCCCAAGCAAGAAGGGCGGCACAUAUCCACGCAACUCCGCCGUGAGGAGCGGGGACUAUCAUGGAAAUCAGCGGCGACGAUUGACCGACAGCGGGGACGUAAGAAAGCCCGCAAACAGAAGAAGCGCCGCGAACAAUAUGAGCACGCUGGCAGGAGAACUGAGGAGGCUUGGCCGCCCCCACCACCUCCACCAGGACCUCGUGCGGAGGCGAGACAUCGUGAAGCUGAAGAGCUGCCGUACGACUUGGAGGAGCCCUCGCCUUCAGGGCUGAUGGCUCCCUCCACUGCGGCUGCUUCCAGCAGCCAGGGCCCAGCACGGGAGGAGCCCUCGCCUUUAGGGCUGAGGGCUCCACCCCCUACUGCUGCUGCAUCCAGCAGCCAAGGCUUACCUUUGCAACGACUUCCAGAAGCUGAAGAGCCACCGGUGGACCAGGACGACUCCAGCAACUGUCUUCAAUCUGACAGCAGUGAGACACCACAGCCUGCAGUCGCGCUGAAAGAUCGCCCAAGUGACUUUGGCCCUCUUCUUCAUGAGGAUGGCCUAAUCACUUUCUUAUGUGCAGCUGCGCCCCAGGUGAAGCAUCCGGUGAACCACUACCAGUGCCUUCCGGAAAGCCUUGAAGUUUACCAUGACUUUGUCACUGGUGGGCGAACAAAAGCUGCUCGAGCGAGACGGCUGGGGUUCGGAAAGUCCCGGACAGUUUACGUUGACCCUGGCUCCUCGGAACACGUUCUGAAGUUGGCGCCUCCACAAGGUCACGGGCCAGAACCGGAAGCUUGGAGACUGCUCCCUCAUAUAGUGCCGUGCACUUUGGAUGCGGGUAUUCACCUGCUCACGCUUUCUUGGAAGAGCUGCUAUGAUAUCAUCUCCACGCAUGUUUUGAGGCAGUCUAGGCUCACUCCACUUUCGGUGUGGAGGCCAGCUCCGCCGGACCUUGAUAUGGUCCGCUACAUGAUGGCACUGACUGCGGAGGCCUCCCGUUUCUACAAUCUCAAGGAUCUUGGCUUUUUCAACUUUGGUGUUGAUGCCCGUGGCUUCAUUAUGAUGUGGGACACCGCAGACUGGCUUCCAUGGGAGGGUCAAAGGGCACACUGGCCGAACAGACAGCGUGCCUCGGCUUUCUGGAGCGCGGUCAAGAGGAGUGUUCCAGACCACUUUCAGGAGCUACUCCAGCUUGUCAGCAACGCCUCGCCUGAGGAGGUGCUGCAACGGCUACGACCACUCCUUACGCAGCACUACAAGUGGUGCCUGCUACAGCAGGGAGUUUUCCUUGGUGACUAG